AGCCCACUCUCACGAUUGCGAGUCCGCACUCCCUUGCGUUCGCCGUUUCACUUUCUGUGUAGUUCUUUGCUGCGAAGGAGGAAGGCGCGUAGAAGAACCGGAGUGAGCAGCAAAAUGAUGCUCCAACACCUGGGCCAGGUGUCUGCUUCAGAAGUCAGUGCUUCUGCAAUUAUCCCAUGCUUAUCUCCUCCGGUAUCCUUCAGCUUUGAAGAUUUCACAAAUCUGACCCCAUUGGUGAAAGAAGAAUUAAAAUUUGCCAUCCACAAUAAGUGCCUGUCUCAAAGGAUGCCCUCUACCUUGGAUACAGUCAUGGUUUCUGAUAGAUCUGGUGAAACAUCUCAUUUAAAAAGACAGUGUGCCCCCGAAGAAGAUGAAAGGAAAAAACGUCGGAGAGAAAGAAAUAAGAUUGCAGCAGCAAAAUGUCGAAACAAAAAGAAGGAAAAAACGGAAUGCCUGCAGAAAGAAUCAGAAAAACUGGAAACAAUCAAUGCAGAACUGAAAGCUCAGAUUGAAGAGUUGAAAAAUGAGAAGCAACACUUGGUCUACAUGCUCAACCUACAUAGACCCACCUGUAUUGUCCGGGCCCAGAAUGGCAGGACCCCAGAGGACGAAAGGAACCUUUUCAUUCAGCAGAUCAAAGAGGGGACCUUACAAGGCUAGACAAUAAUGAGGCAGUGCUCAAUAUUCUUUAGCCAUGCUUCUUAUCAUGAAAAACAAC